AAUUUAUUCCACGUUAACUGGUCUUAUCUUAUUCUCGAUGAUCAAAAUAUUCAUUAAACAAUAACUCACAAAUUUCAAUCAAUGAUAAUGAUCCAGUCAAUUGUAUGUCGCAAUUGCAGAAUAUUCAACAUAUUUGUCCAAAAGAGUUCCUUGCCUUUUUAUUUACUGUCACACGGCCUGAGCCACAUAAAUUGAUAUUAGCCAACGUUGCAAAGCUUUACCACAGCAACAAACGAGCGAUUUCCGCCCCGUCAUCAACUCCAUCUACAGUAUGCGUCAUAGUUUCUGCUCAUCAUCACCAAAAAGAUCCCACCAAAAUAUUCUACAACAAGACAUUUGAAUAGUUCAAACACUUUACUUUCCUCAAAUUGACAAUUAUCUCACUAUUCCAACGCUAGUGUAGCCGUAAGAGAAAAGUUGUGAAACGGCUGAUUCUGGUUCUCGGUGGUUCUUUUGCUCGCCAUAAAAAGUGUGUAUCUAUCGUACGUACCAACUUCCAAGCGUAAACAUCGUGUCGUGAUUAUGAAUCCGCUGUUUAAUAGAACAGACACAAACAAGACAAAGGUUAUCAUGUUGAAGGCGUUGUCUGUCUACCAGUCUCUUGCGUUCCAUAAUCCUAGUCUUUUGACUUCGAACGACGUUGUAAAAUUUGGCCAUUUCGGGGGAGAGCUUUUGGUCCGCCAUCUGAGGGUCCACAAAUAUUCAAACAGCCGGAGCUGCAUAACUUUUGCACGUGUCAAGAGCUGCCAUUACUGCUCUCAGAAGCUUGAAAAUACCAACUUUUAACUUUUAAUUCGUCGUGUUUAAACCUUGAAAACGAGCAGAAUUCAAAACGUUAAAUAAUCUCACAAGUUCUGUUCAAAGACACACGUCCAGCAAGCGUAUUUGUCCAGCUGGUCUAUCACUCAGCAUAGCAUCGUCACGAAAGAGGCCUUAAUGGCUUGUUGUCCUAAUCUUUUGAGAAAAAUCAUACUGUAUGAAAUCUCUACAGUAUUCUACUGUACUCUCGUGGCGGUAUCGGCUAAUUCAUUAGCACGCUCAAUCAUAAAGAUAAUGAGAUGUAGAGGCGCCGUCCUGAUAAUCUCGAGCACUCGUUGACGUUAAAUCGCAAGACUGUGAGGUCCUAAAGUCUCUGCUGUCUCUCUUGAUUGAGAAAACGGGACGACAAACAAGUCUUUUCGUUCAAAUGAACUUCUUUAUGCAGAAACUGGGCCGUGUGUGUGCUUCGUUGCGAGACAUCCGGCGGCCCGGCUUAAACAUCUCUACUGAAUCCUUGUGCUACACACACAACCAGCACCGAAGUUCUACUACCGUAUGUUUUUGGUCUUACCAGUGAGCCAAGUUUAAAACAGCGUCACCGAAUCCCCCAUCACCAAGCCAAACAAGAUCAAAGCUUUGUAGCCUAACGUUCGUUACAGCAGACAACAAGCUCGUCUUGGCUUUGGAGCUUUUGCAUUUCCGAUUUUUCUCGGUCUAAGCAACUUUGCUUACCAC